UGUUCAGCUGGAAGACACGAAACUCUAUUACAACUGAGAUAAUAAAAGAGUUUGUGGGGUUUUGUUGAAUUGGAGAAAGUUGUCGAGUUGUUAGAAGUACAUUAACGAUUGCAUUUUACUGAAUUCAUCGUUCGUUUUGGGAUUAAGACGACACGUGGGGGCACUCAGCACCCUUCAUCCAUAUGCCUGUGGGCAUUGGCGACUCUUUUGAGGUUUGACAUCACAACAAACGAGGGAAAGCACUGAUAAUUUUGUUAAGAAUCUUGAACAAACGUUUGCAAUUGUUUUCGUGAUAACGAUUACUCCAAAAUGAAUUAGUCUCUUCGAUAAACUGCACUUUUAAUUCGUUUUUUGAGGGGUGGUCAGGGGAAUUAUUCCAUUAAAGUCAUCUCCAGUAUCGACAAUCAUCUCAAAUAGUUGAAAAAAAAAAAUUUGUGAGGUUUCGUUACCCUGGGGACCAUAGCAUCAUUCCUGAAGAAAUUAAAUGAUUGCAUCUUAUUAAAUUCAUCAUUCGACACCAUUCAACGUCAGAAAACAUUCUGAUAAAAACAUUGAAAAAGCAAUAUCAACAUUUUUCAUGACAAAGAUCACUCGAAAACCAUCAGAUUUUUUCAUAAAUGACUUCAAAUCAAAUUUCCGUGGAAUAAUUAGUGGAAUCAUCCAAAAAAAUCGUCUCCAGCAUCGACUCUAAUCCCAAAUAACUCCAAAAGAAAGAUUUGUGAGAUCUCGUGCUCACCACAUCACGUGAUUGAAUCCAAACUAUCAAGAUUACGAAAAAUCACAGAUAAUAACUAAAAAAAUCAAGGAUCAAACACUUCAUGAUAACGAUUAUCUACAAAUCCACCAGUAUCCUCUGCAAACUGCACGGCGACUCAAUUGUUCGUCGAAUAGCAACUGGAAUUAUUUCAAACAAUCGUCUCCAGUGUCGCCAGUCGUCCCUGAAACCUCUCCAGAGCCAAAACCAAAAGAUGAGUACCUUCAAGUUCAGCGAUUACGACUGCAUCGGUUUCGAUCUGGACAACACCAUCCUCUGGUACAACAUCACGAACAUGGUUGUGAUGGAGUACCAGGUGAUGGCGCGGUUCCUGAUAGAGCAGAAGGGGUACGACCCAGAGUACCUGGACAAGCCCCUGACAGACGAAGCCAUUGACUUCCUCCAGAAAGGAUUGAUCUUGGACUUCGACAGAGGAAACAUCCUGAGGACCAAUCCCGACGGGGUCAUCAGAAUGGUCAGCCAUGGCACGAAGUUCCUGACAACCCAAGAAAUACGAGAAAUCUAUCCAAAUCAAAGAUGGGAAGCUAUCGACCUCCUGACGAAGGACCCAAUGGCCGUGUGGAACGGCCCCUGGUCCCUGAAGCUCCGAGCACUGAUGGACUACUUCGACAUGCCGUUCUCAUUGAUCUUCGCUCGAGCUGUCGAUGGCGUUGACUCCAAGAGCAACACACCUGUCGACAAAUACGAAAUAUGGCCUGACAUAUACGCAGCUGCCUGCGAGAUGUUCGAGAGGACUAAUUUCAGGAAGAACAGGGGCCAGUACUUCAGGGAAUUGAAGAGCAAUCCUGACAGAUACUUCAGAAAAUGCAGUAAUGAGAUUGUCGAUUGGAUGAGGGACAUGAAGAAGGAGAAAACAACCUUUCUCAUCACUGGAUCCAACAUUGACUUUGCGAAUUUCACAGCUACCCAUACAAUCGGGGAAGACUGGAGGUCUUUGUUUGAUGUUGUUGUUUGCUACGCGAAGAAGCCUGGCUUCUUCAUUAAGGAUUCCCCGUUCUGGACGCUUGACGAUCAUGAGGAGAAGGAGAUGAUCUCUGGGGAGGAGUUGGCCAGGGGUGGGGUGUACUCUCAGGGGAACUGGGGAGAGUUGAAGAGCUUCCUCGGCAGACUCUGCAAAAAGGAUUCCCCCAAGUGUCUGUACGUGGGGGAUAAUCUUCUCCAGGAUGUGCAGAUACCAUCGACUCAUGUGGGGUUGCAUACAGUGGUUGUUAGUGAGGAGCUGCAUGCCGAGGGGAUGGUCAACAUCUCGUGGCCACAUCCUGACGAGAAGUAUCUGGUGUCCAAUAUCUGGGGCUCUUAUUUCUCGGUGUCUGAUGGGGAGUCGCGAGAAGACUCUCACUGGUCCAACGUUGUUGAGAGCCACUCGAGGAUCUGUAUUCCUUCUCUGAAAGUUGUUGCCGAGCAUAAGAUUGAUGAGGCUUUUGGAGCGUUUGAUAGGGAGCAUGAUAAAACGAGGGGGUUUCAUCCAGCUGCACCCGCUGGCAUUCCCUCUCAAGUCAUCUCUUCGUAAUGGUUCGUG